AUGUUGCCGACCUCAGUUCACAGAAUUGGAAAAAACUCAGUCCUAUGUAAGUCGGAUCUUCUUGCGGACGCGUUCAAACGCUUUCUCGACGUAGAAAAGCAUAACUGGGUGUCCCUUACUCUCUCGAUUAUGGCGGAACAAUGCGCUGCAAACUCCGACUUCAAGGGUUAUUUAAAUUGGUUGCCGAAGAAGUCAGAAACUCUUCCUCAUUACUGGGGCAAAAGAAAUGAGAAUGCAUUGGACUUGCUCGGCCUAAAGGAGCAAAUUGACGAUGAUAACGAACGGCUUGAAAAUGACUGGUUAUUGGCUAAAAAAGUUGUGGAAAAGCUUCCAGAACGAUUUGGAAACAAGAGCAUUGACGUACUAAAAGAAGAAUUCAAACAGUACUCUCUAGUUGUGAUGAGCUAUUCUUUUGAAGAAGUAAAAGAACAAGAGGAAGAUUUGUUUUGCGAGAAAGAAGAGACAGAAGAACACAAAUUCCGAAUGAUGAUGCCUGUUGGCGAUCUGCUCAACCAUACAGCAGAUAAUAAUGCGAGAAUCGAGAUAGAUGACGACACUGGUGACCACACAAUAAAUGCAACGAAAAAAAUUAAAUCAGGAGAAGAGAUUUUCAACACUUUUGGAAAUAUGUCGAACAGUAGGCUGCUUCACAUGUAUGGCUUUGCCGAAGAGGCAAAUGACGCGGAUGAUGCUUACUUAUCGCCAGAAUCGAUCGAAAGCGGCAUUUACGAGUACGAAUCAAAAAUUCCAGCAAUAAAAGCAAAGAUCAAGCUAUUACAGAACCACGGGUUUAUGGAUGAAGUUCGUGUAUCAAAAGACGAAGAGUUGGUAGAAUCAUUUCGAGUGCUUUUGGCGAUUAUCGUUAUGGAAAAGCCAGCAUUCAACAAGAUGCUGAGACGCAUCAAAGCCGUGUGUACUUUCUUGCCAUUUUUUAUCACAUGGAUGGAGCGGCCUGACUACGAGUGGAGCUCCAUCUACUACGAGCUACUAGACCAGUACCUAGAGCACUCUUACAAAUCAGACAACAUCGAGCAAGUAUGGCAGGCGUUGGCAGACAGUGGCAUAAACUUUGCAACUUACGCCGUCGUGUUUGGUAUUGGCUACUCGAGUUUUAAACGAAUAAUAGCUGUCAAUAAUCGCAAAUUUGUGAGCAAUAUUCUUUACAAUAAUGGACGAAAAACGCUUUUAUUCCGAAGUAUCACUGUCGAUGGCAAAAGAGGGGAGUGGGUCGAGCUUCCUGUUAAGAAUUGCAUGUUUCAUUGUGGCGAGUUUAAUGCGAUCUCGAAAAGAUUGCUGCCUCCCGAGAAAAUCGCGCUAUGUGAAGACAUUAACGGGACAAAACACGACUCACAGUACGGAUACAGUCACGUGUCUUUCAGAUCAACAGAUAAUGAAAGUGAAGGAAAUAAAUCCCCUUGGAACUCGUUAGACCCUACGAAAAAGUAUAAAGACGGUGAUCUUAUAUAUUUCGUGCGGAAUGGCGCGCUCGCUAAUGAAGAAUUGUUUAAUGAAUGUUUCGCUUCUUUUGAAUUUUCUGGACAGCCGAGUAUUAUUUGUCUGCCCGAAACACAAUUCCAAGAAUAG